CCUCCCGUCUCCUUGUGUACUUUCUAGAUAUAAUAAUAAUAUAGUUUGCCUGCAAAUUUUCUCCGCCUCCGAAGCUGAGUCCCCGUGGUGUUGGUGAUGUGUUCAAUCUCCGUCUUGUUCAGAUCUCCUUAAUUUUUACGGAAGCUUCACCUUUAUUCAUCGGAGAAGAAUUAUGGAUCAGAAAGGGAUAAAGGUUUUUGGGUGAGCGGGGAGCUGAGAAACGUCAUCGGGAAGUCGCAGGUGUUCUGAAGAGAUUGAAGCGGUGGCGGGGCAACGGAUUGGUGGGGGGUUUCGAAGAGCAUAGGUCAUAUAAUGCCUUCGGUUCCCGUUCUGCGUUCUCCGAUUCUUCCUUCUCUAACACCCUGCCAUGGGGGAAUGUGCUCGCAUCGUUUGAAACGGCUCGAAAAGAGUAAUCGGCGUGUCCUGUGGAAAGUUCUUCUAUCUGAUCGUGCUGCGAGAGAUCCCGGAUUGGAUUUGUUUCAACCUUUGUGAUAAGUUUUCGGUUCAUUGUGUUUGGUACAGUCGAUGGACGCUGGCUACCGUGGUGCUGGUGAGGAUCUUCUGGUGAUUGAAAACGAAUGCGAUCUUAGUAAAUUGAGGACCGAAAGUACUCAAGAAACAGAUACAUUCGAUAAAGAGCACCACAAUGAUGAAGGUGGAGGUUGUGAAGCAAUGGGCUCAUCUGGGCCUCAACCAGUCGUAAGUAACUGCUUGGACAAAUCAACAACACUCCCCGGUGCUAGCGGCAAUGCUUCCAGUCUAGAUUCAUCAAAUGAUGAUGAUCCAGAGAAAGCAUUGCACUUGCUGUUUUCCGAAGAGCCUCUGCAAGCCACCAAGUCUGUAAAACUCAUAUCUGCCCUAAGAGGUAGCCGAGAAAAACUGGGUAAGGCGGCACCGAGGCAGCAGCUUAGUGUGAGUUGGGCUCCUGAUGUGUAUGACCCUGUUCCUAAUUCUCUCUGCCACACGGUGAAGAGCAGUAAGAAGAAAUCGAGGAGGGAGAGAGAGAGAGAUAACCACCACCACCACAACAAGAAGAAUGGAAAGAAGGGCAGUAGCAGUACAUCUUCUUCUCGAGGCACCAGCAGUAGUAGCAAGGACAAGAAGCAAACCCAAAGAAAGCCCGACAAGUCUUCUUAUAAAACGCUGGAUAUUUGUGACGACCGAUUUGGUGAUCCUUCAAGUGGAAUUAGCUUUGAUGUGGCUAGUGCGGACCACUGCGGCAGCAGCUUCCUUAAGAAAUCUGUAACAGAGUUCCGUUACUCUGUUGCUGAGGCGUUGUGAGCAGACCUUGGCUUGGUCUCGUGCUAUAACUAAAGCCUGACCGACCUCCAGCAUGUCUUUCUUUCCCUGUGAAUAAAUAAUUGCUUAUGGGGAUUGCAAAAGUUUGUAGAACUUGUACUCUGUGCUGUGUUACUGUACUAUGUUGGUUGGUAGUUCAUUAGCUAAGCAGACCAGCCUGUUUCUUGGUGUGUUCUUAUUUUAUAUCGUGUGUGUUUCCAGAGCUUAAUUGCUUCUUGACAAGAGCUUGUUCUUCACUCUAUGGGUUGCUAAAAACUUGAAGGCGUGCCAAGACCUAAAUCCAGUAGGAUCUGCUAUUCACGGGCUCUACUGUUUUACUUCAGUACUAAACGCCGUAAAGGAUCUAACUAUACAGGUUGAUUUGCGGCCAUAGACGUUUGUUCCAGAAUGGCCGCUGGGAUUACUGUUUUAUCCCGGCUUGUAAUAAACAUG